AUGAUAUCGAACGAGUCAUGCCUACGAUUUUUAGAGCAGUACCUUGACGGAGAACCAAAAGAGCUCAUCAAAGGCUGUUUUCACAAAGGCUCACAAGGUUACGAAGAAGCGAGAAAGAUUUUGAAGGAGAAGUAUGUCAUCUCUAACGCGUACAUCCUUAAGGCAACCGAGUGGCCUUCAGUAUCUUAUGAUCCGAAGUCUCUCAAUAAGUUUUCAAGUUUCCUGACGCAAUGUCGAACCGCGAUGUCAUCUCUCGCAUACCUAUCUGUUCUAGAUCAUCUACAUAAUAUUCAAAGUCUGGUUAGCAAGCUACCUUUUAGUCUUCAAGACCGCUGGAGGAGAGAAGCCAGUAAGAUGAGAGAGCGCAACGAAGGAAUACCAGGAUUUGCGGCAUUUGCUCAGUUUAUGAAAAUCGAGGCGAAAGUGCAAGCCGACCCAGUCUUCUUGCUUGAAGCUCUGAGUAGACAUCAAGGCAAACAAGAAAUCAAGUCAGGUGUAAACGCGAAGUUUAAGAAGGUGAAUCAACCUAAAAAGAAAGUUCGCUUAACUGGUGUCGAAGAAGAAAAAGAAGAGAAGUGUGCUUGUUGCAAGAAAGCGAGUCACGACUUAGAUGAUUGCAGAGAAUACCUUAAGAAAUCCCUAAGAGACAGACAAACUUUUCUCCAAGAGAAUAAACGUUGCUACGCGUGCUAUGGAUUGUAUCACAGAUCCAGAGGAUGUCUUGCAAAACAUACAUGUAAGAAGUGCAAAGGGAACCACCCAACCGGUUUACAUGACGAUGACUUCAGACCUUCAAGAAGACGUAGCUACACAAGAUGCAUCAGCGCAAACCGGCUCACAAAAUAG